CUUAGUGUCAACUUUGUCGGGAAAUAUCUUUUCUUUCAGAAUACAUGUACAUGUCUUUUUUAACUCUCUUUCUCUCUCUGUCUUUCUUUCUUUCUUUUUUAUCCAUAUCCACACCCACAUCACACACACAUACACCCUUAUAUACUUCCAAUUACACUUCUGCCUUCUCUUUCUCUUCACUCCACCCCUCAAACCAAGCCUGCGGAACUGCCUAUUUUCGUCAAAGCUUGCUUCGUACGAUCCCUCUCUGUGUCCUAUCUACCAUAUAUCCCGCCUCUGCCCCAUUCCUUUAUUGUCUCCUGGGUUACUCUCGCACUCUCCCCACUCCAGUCACUCCCGGGCUGCUGUUUCCUUUUCCCUGCAUUCCUGUCGCAAGUUACCAGAUACACAGAUACACCAUUGAUCCUCUAACAGAAACUCAGACGACUUCAAGUAAACUCAAGUAUACCUGUCAAAAUGUCACAAGAACUACCAAGUUUUGACAAUAUCAACGACGAACUGGAAUAUUACAAGAAGCAUGCAGAGACACUUGAAAUAGACCUGGCAGAAACUAGAUACGCCCUUGAGGAAUUCCAACUCUCGUCCAAGGAGCUUGAAGAGGAGCUGGAGAAGGAGAUCGAUUCGACAGAGCGACGAUACAAUGAGAUCAAGAUUCGCAACGAAUCCCAGAGACAAGAAGUAGAAGAGUGGAAGGUACAGCGCCAAUAAUGAUAUCUUUGCCACUAUGUAGACUAGUGGACA